UUGUGAAUUCGAUGGAUAUAUUUACUAAAGGCUAUGAUUUAUUACGCAAUGAUACUCUCAGAUAUGGAGGUAGUCGAAGGUAGAUCUUGACGCCUUCUUUUCUUACACAAUCUACUUACGGCGUUGCACUGUGAAGCCUUUUGUGAGAUGAAAUGGACAAGUGACUAGAUAAGUCAUUUUUUGGGAAAUGGAAGAACUGCCUGGCAUCAAAACAAAACGGAUGAUUUUAAUUCACUUUGACGGCACCUCGUAUCGUGACAACAAAGCGCUGGAUUAUACAGCAAAUAGAUGCGAUAGAUUCUUAAUGGGUUAUACACGAAUAGCUACUCAAGCUGCUUAUAUUUCAUUGAGUUCGUCAUUGAUCUAAUGAAGCGGUAAAGUAGUCGGAGCCUUUUACUCCCAACAAGCUAAAAAAUGCAGUAAGAAACUCUCGGCGGGUUUAAUUAUUGACAAAAUGAAGAAAAGUGCUGGUCAUAGUCUGAGAGUAUCAAGAACAGAAUCGAUGUCUUGAUGUUCUCAGUCAAGUUGGUGGGAUGUUCAGCUCAUAAGAGUAGUCUGAAGCUUCUACAACGAGUAAUCUUUACGAAUCAAACAGUUAUGUUUUAUUGAUUUAUAAACUAAAUUCUUCAAUAAGUG